UGCCUUCUUCACUUCAGACGCUGGACUUCCUGUGAAAGGUAAACAAAUGGAACGACAAACACAUAACUGUCAUAAUAGUCAAAAUGUAACCCGAAAGCGGGUAUUUAAAGGACCGAAAUGCCUGGACAGAAAAGAAAAUACAACGUUCGUUUCCCCCCCCAGGGUCGCAUUAAGAAGAUCAUGCAGAAAGAUACUGAGGUGGGCAGAAUCGCCACAGCUGUUCCGGUUAUUAUAUCUAAAGCUCUGGAAAUGUUUUUGAUCUCACUGCUAACCAAAACCAGCUUAAUCAUUCAAUCCAAGAACAGCAGAGUCAUGUCCAUCAACCACAUGAAGCAGUGCAUUGAGUCUGAGAAGUUGUUUGACUUUCUGAAGGAGCUUGCAGAUCAAGCCUCAGGUUCAUCAGCUGCUAAAGAGAGCAAAGCCAAGGGGAAGUGUUUGGGGCACAGAAAGAAGUGGCACAACAUGUCCAUCAAAACCAAGUCACCAGAGAAGGAAGAGCUGCCCAAGAGGCAUAAGACUGAGCCUUCAGAAUCCUCGAGUGAGUCUGAGCUUGUCAUCUGCUUAGAGACACAGUCACCUUGAUAACAGCCGCAUUCAUCAGUUCUACUGCAUAAGCUGCACAGGGGCAGGACUUGGAUCCCAUCAGCAUUUGCUAUACAAUACAAGAGGAAAAAAUGGUCUAUGUAUGAAGUGUUUCAUCAGCUGUAUUAUAUUGAUUCCAAACUUCAUUGCGAUUUGCUCUUCUAGCUGGCUCUGUAGCUCACCUCUGUGAAAACUGCAGCAAUAUUUAUGAAAAACCAACAAAUUUUUCUUUUAAUAUUUCCCAGAAAAAUGUUUUAAUUUGUAAUUUUUUGCUACCAAGGCAGAAUUAAAAUGCAAAGAAAAUUAAAAUAACAAAAUGCUUAGAUUUUGAUAAUGUAUAUCUACCUAUCUAUAUAUAUAUGUGUGUGUAAAAAGGUUAAUGCAAAUAUCUUGUUCAUGACUUUAGUAAGUUUUAAAUCCUUAUAAGGAAUAUGAUUUGUGUUAUUCUAUAAGCGGGAGAUAUUUUUUCUAUUCUGAGCACUACUGCUACCUUUUCUUUUCCUCUGUUGGAUUCAUAAUUGUUGUUGAACCUGUGACUGUCAAACUGUUAAAGAGCUAAUGAAAUAACAAUGCUAUCAAACUACAGUACUGUUCCUUAACCAACUCUUAUUUGCUUUGAUGUAAUCAGGAAGAAAUUGGGCGUUGGGAGAAUACACAUAAGAGGAUGAAUUUUAUAGCUAUAACACUUAUGUAUUGUUUUAAGGUUUGCUGUAAAGAUGUUCUGUGGAUAUUACAUGAUUUUUGAAAGCCAUUUUCUGUUCUUAGUUAAUAUUUAACAAAUUAAUGACACAACCAAAGUAAAAACAGCACUGAGCAUUAUAAAAGGGGUGAAAGGAUGAUGCAAGUCAUUUUAAGAAAAUGUAAAUGGAAGUUUCACCUGUUUCCAAAUUGUUAUGCUGAGGUAAAAUAAAUAAAAUCAGAUUUCUAUAAA